AUAAGCCUGAAACCGGACCGUGAUGUCGCUUAGGUUUCUCUUUGUAUAUUUUAUGAAUUGAAAGAAUAAUAAAUAAUUCACAAUUCCAUUUCCAAUUCCACAGUUCAAAUUGAUAAAUAAAAACAAAACAUCUCUCUCUUUUGGAAGUUGCGUAUCACUUUUAUUGCUAAAUAUCUAAUGAGAAAUGUAAAUAGAGAGACAGAAAUCCAACCAAAAAUAUAACUGUCUUUCUGAUCCCGAUUUUCUAUAGGAUAUAGAGAAAGUUCUCUCACUUAAUAUACUAUAGAGCUCGGAGUGUUUAUUACUGUUUAUUAUUCAAUAUGAAUUUACUUGUGGUAACUACUUUAAGUUGCAUUUUGGAUAAUAUUGCCCCCUUUUUGAUCAAAUUUAUUUUUCCACAUAUAUUUGCGCAAAGGAGGUAUGAUAUUGAUUUGCGAAAUGAGCUGAGCAAUUUAAAAGAGGAAAUGGCAGGACUUUCUAUAAUGAACGAGUUUGCCAAAUACGUCAAACUCCAACGCAGAUAUAACCAAUUGGAAAAUAUAUUGAAAGAAAACAUGGAUCAACGACUGAGUUGGAGAUUGAAACUGCAAAUGUUGUUAACUUACAGUUUUCGUAUACUGAAUGGAAUAUUAAUCUUAUCACUUGUGUAUAUGUAUAAAAAAGAACCUGUAAUUAUUCUAUCAGAAGGUGCAUUAUGGCCGAUACAGGAUUUCCUGAGCUGGCCAUGUCAACAUGAAAAUGCUAUUUCUCUGUUAGCUUGGAUUAUGAUCAUCCGAUUAGGAGCAUCUGCAUGCAGAAAACUCCAUGUGUGAAAUAUUUCGUGUAAGUAAUUAUUUGUAUUUUGUUAAACAUUUAUUUUUAUUAUUCUAUUAUCAAUAUCACAAUAAAAAACACUAUUAAAUGCCUUUGUUAAGAAAUAUUUUUUAUGUUGUAAAAUCUGAUGAAUAAUAAAAAAAAAUGAAUGAAUAAGAGAAUUGAAUAAGAGACAA